AUGCUUUGGGGUGUUAUCAUAAACAUUUUUGUUGAAGAUAUACCUCAAAUCAUUAUCCAAGGUCUAUAUUACAAUAGUGUCAUAACAUAUGAUCUUAUUCCAUCUCUUGUGCUUGCAUCUGGUGGAUUAGUUAUAGCAAAUAAAUUAAUUCUAAGGUCAUAUCACGCGUUAUUAAGGUGGAAUCAUCAACGCGAUAAAAUUAGAGAAUAUAAUAGAAAUCGACGUUUAUCUGCUGCUUCUAUAAGAUCCAUAAGGUCGAAUUAA